AUAUUUGUGUUUACUUUAAACAUCAAUUUGUUAUAAUGAGUAUAGAAGAACUUGAAAAAGAAAUACAAGAACUAAAACAAAAAUUACAAAUAAAAGAAAAUGAAUUAAGAAUUUUAAAAUCAAAUGAUGAGAACAACAAAUUAAGAACUUCUUAUUCAGAUAAUUUUGAAAAACAUGAAAUUGAAAAAUAUUGUCGACAAAUAAUUUUACCGGAGAUUGGAAUAGAAGGACAAAAAAGAAUUACAUCAGCCAAAGUACUGGUCGUGGGUGCAGGAGGAUUAGGAUGUCCUGCAGCACAGUACCUAGUUGCCGCUGGCAUUGGAACACUUGGCCUUGUAGACAGUGAUGUUGUUAGUAUAUCAAAUUUACAUCGACAAAUACUUUACAAUGAAGUCGAUUUACAUUUACCAAAAGUUGAUGUGGCAUUUAAAAAAUUAUUAAGUAUGAAUAAAAAUUUAAAUUGUGUUCGUAUACAAGAAAAAUUAACUCGUAUGAAUUGUGCCGAAAUAUUUCAUAAUUUUGAUGUGAUCCUCGAUUGUACUGAUAAUGUUCCAACCAGAUAUCUUGUAAAUGAUGUAUGCGUACUUUUAAACAAACCAUUAGUAGCUGGAAAUGCUAUUAAAUUUGAAGGACAAUUGCUUGUGUGUAUUCCAGGGAAAACAUCGUGUUAUAGAUGUUUGUUUCCUUCACCACCGUCGAGAGAAUGCGUCGGAUCAUGUAAUGAAGAUGGCGUUUUAGGAUCAAUUCCUGGUAUAAUUGGUGUUCUCCAGUCGCUUGAAGCGUUAAAAAUCAUAAUUGGCAAAACCUUAGAAACCGAUUUUCAAAAAUUAACAAUAUUUGAUGGUUCUAAUUGUCGAUUUCGUCAUUUAAAUUUGCGAACACCAAAACCUGACUGCUCUGUAUGUAGCAGUAAAUCUAUAAUAAAGCUAUCUUCAUUGCCAGAGUAUGAGGAAUGGUGUGGAUUGGAUAGCCAAGAAACUAUUGCAAAUUACCCUCCAAUAGUGAUUUUACCUAGUGAUCAAAGAGUAACCGUUCAAGAAUUAGUUGAAUGGAAUAAAAUUAACAAAAAGUAUCUAAUAUUAGACGUUCGCCCAAAGGUCGAAUUUGAAAUGUGUCAUCUACCAAACUCAAUUAAUAUAACUCUAAAAGAAUUAUGUUCAAAAGCAAAUCGUGAUAAAUGUUUUAAAGAUCUGGAAGAUAGGUUCAAAAAAGAAAUAAACUCUGUAUCAAUUUUAGUUUUAUGUCGUUGUGGCAAUGACUCACAAAAAGCUGUUCAAAUAUUAAAUGAAAAUAAUUCGAACAAGAAUUUGUCAUUUUUUGAUAUAGCAGGAGGUUUGUAUGCGUGGAAUGAAUACAUUGAUAACUCGUUCCCUUUAUAUUAAUUGUUUUUA